GCCCUUGGACAGCCCCUCAAAUGAAUGGGACUGGGUAAAACUGAGAACUACAGCUCCUUGUCUGGCCGCGUCUGUAGCAGCCGCAGAGGAAGAGUUGAUCAAGAAGGUCCUCAGAGAGGGAACUGCUGGCCGUGGUGAUGUUGCGCGCGGGUUUUCUAGGGUAGCGAUCUGGAAGGGCGCUUUUUCUGCGCGCUGGCUCCCCGUGCCCCGCACCGGCCAUGCGCCCGGCCUUCGCGGUGGGCCUGGUGUUCGCAGGCUGCUGCAGUAAUGUGAUCUUCCUAGAGUUGCUGGCCCGCACACAUCCAGGAUGCGGGAACAUCGUCACGUUUGCCCAGUUCUUAUUUAUUGCUGUGGAAGGCUUCCUUUUUGAAGCUGACUUGGGAAGGAAGCCACCAGCUAUCCCAAUAAGGUACUAUGCCAUCAUGGUGACCAUGUUCUUCACGGUCAGCGUGGUGAACAACUAUGCCCUGAACCUGAACAUCGCCAUGCCGCUCCACAUGAUAUUCAGAUCCGGCUCUCUGAUUGCCAACAUGAUUCUAGGAAUUAUCAUUUUGAAGAAAAGAUACAGUAUGUUCAAGUAUACCUCCAUUGCCCUGGUGUCUGCGGGGAUAUUUAUUUGCACUUUCAUGUCAGCAAAGCAGGUGACCGUCCAGUCCAGCUUGAGUGACAAGGAUGGAUUCCAGGCAUUUGCAUGGUGGUUACUAGGGAUUGGAGCACUGACCUUUGCUCUGCUGAUGUCGGCAAGGAUGGGCAUAUUCCAGGAGACUCUGUACAGACAGUUCGGGAAACACUCGAAGGAGGCACUGUUUUAUAAUCAUGCCCUUCCACUUCCCGGGUUCAUCUUCUUGGCCUCUGAUAUUUAUGACCACGUCGUUCUGUUCAAUAAGUCUGAGCUCUAUCAAGUUCCAGUCCUCGGAGUGACUGUACCCAUCAUGUGGUUCUACCUCCUCAUGAAUGUCGUGACUCAAUACGUGUGCAUCCGGGGUGUGUUCAUCCUUACAACAGAGUGCACCUCCCUCACUGUCACACUGGUCGUGACUCUGCGCAAGUUUGUGAGCCUCAUCUUUUCUAUCCUGUACUUCCAGAACCAGUUCACUCUGUGGCACUGGCUGGGCACCUUGUUUGUCUUCAUUGGGACCUUAAUGUACACAGAGGUGUGGAAAAACCUAGGGACCACAAAAAGUCAGCUGCAAAAGGACGACAAGAAGGACUGAGGUCUGCCCGGACAGACGGUCUGUUAUGUGAGAGUGGCCUCUGCUGCAGGUCUGGCCAUCGUUUCACCUGGGCUGAAGCCAAAUUACCACAGUAUUGAAGCAGAGCUUCCUCUGACAGGACGGGAUGGCAGCAUUUGUAGACUCCACAUAGGCAUCCCUGAGAUAGAAUAAACAGAACAAACAAGGCUUCCAGGCAGACUGUCGGGAAGCUUCCGCAUUUGCUUUCCACUCUCA